ACACGAUCCGCAGCGGUGGGUCCAUUUGGCAGCUGGAGAACCAACAGAAGGCUGCCCUCCUGUCAGGCAGGGCCCACCGUCCAGCUAGACCGAGAGGACUUUGUGCGAUCCAACUCCUCGGGAAUGCCCGCCCGAGAAAACCCCCAAAACACCCCUGGAUCGGAUGCCUAAUGGCGACGGGCAUGACGGUCAUUUCCCACGGUUAUAAAGCCCCCGGGCGAGCCGCGACCGUCGAACCAGGUCGCCAACCACGUCGGCGCGGCGCACGUCACGAAAGACGAAGCAGAAGGGAGAAGAGCCGCCUCUUUCGCGUUCCACGAUGCGGGUCACGAACUACCAGAGGCUGUCGCCGGCGCCGGAGCCGGAGGAGGGUGGCGUGCGCGCCGGCGCCGCGAGGGCGUGGGCGGCGCUGAGGCGGGGCGCCGCGGGAGUCGCCCGGCUGUACGCCGCGCGGCGGCGCUGGGCGGCGCGGAGGCUGUGGGGCGGCAGGAGGGCGGCCCUGCCGCUGCGGGUGAAGGCGGCGGCGAGGUACGAGUACGACUCGGCCAGCUACGCGCGCAACUUCGACGACGGGACGUGGAUGGCUGAGGAGGGCGUAUCCUGGCACGCGCGGUCGCUCGCCGCGUGCAGGCUCGCCGCUUUCCAGUCAUUCGUGGGGAGAGGUUCCCUUUCGUCGUUGCUUUGUGAGAACUAGCGACUGAUUAUUUGUUAGGAUUGGUUAUUCAUUACAUCUUGUGUACAAUUGAUUUGUAGCAAGCUGGAAAUUUUGUUUGUACUCUACCUUCAUCGUGUGAAAAACUUACGAAUGAAAAAAAAAAUAGA